CUGACUGUGAAAUGAUGAUGCACACGCAGAGGCAGAGCUCCAAAUCGAACCCCGUCUCGAUCCAAAAUCCCCGCAAAUCCAAUCCCACCUCCGAUCCGUCCGCCGUCCUCUCCUCACACCACGGGUUUGCGCCGCUGCAGGGACGACCAGGUACACUGCCCAGCCUCGCCCCCGUCCGCUGCCCUCCCACCGCCGCCUCGCAUUCACCGCCGUGCAGCCUGCCGGAAGGAGUGCGACCCCCUAGCCGGCGUCAAUGUCACGCCUCCAGCCCCGCUCCUCACGCGCCAACGAGCUGCUAGACGAAUUCAAAUAUCAUCUGGGCUCCGGGACGCUCUGGCCGGAGCUCGCGCACCAACUGUUCGACGAAUUGCUGCGCCAACCCGUCCCGGUUUCAGCGCGCGCACUCAACGGCUUGUUUGCUGCCCUCGCGGAUGCGCCGCCCUCGGCCAACUGCGCAGAUGGCCCUGCCCUAGCCAUCAAUCUCUUCAACCGCCACCGGAUAUCACCUAACAUUUACACCUACAACAUACUAAUUGAGUGCUGCCACAGAGCAUGCCGCCCAGACCUAGGGCCUGCCUUCUUCGGCCGCCUCCUCAAGACAGGCAUCACAAUGAGCGUCAUUACCUACAACAGCUUAUUCAAGUGCCUCUGUGACAUGAAGCGCACGGAGGAGGCUUCCGACGUGCUGCUCCACAGGAUGCCUGACGACCUGCCUGAUGUCAUCUCCUACUCAGUAAUUCUCAAGAGUUUCUGCGACAGUGGGAGGAGCCAGCGUGCGCUUGACCUGCUCCGGGUGAUGGCCAAAAAAGGUGGUGACUACUCUCCCAACGUGAUUUCAUACAACAUGGUAAUGGAUGGCUUUUUUAAGGAGGGUGAAGUAAGCAAAGCACGUGUUCUAUUCCACGAAAUGAUACAACAGGGGGUUGUGCCUACUGAGGUGACAUAUAGCUCCAUAAUCAAUGCGCUAUGCAAAGCAAGAGCAAUGGAUAAGGCGGAGGUGAUCCUUCGACAUAUGGUUCGUAGUGGUGUCCAACCACAUGAUAGGAUAUAUAAUACCCUGAUCCAUGGAUUUUUAACUUCAGGUCAGCUGAAAGAAGCCUUUAGGCUGUUGAAACUGAUGACAAGCCAAGGUGUUAUGCCAAGCGUUGUUACCUACAACUCACUCAUGACCUACCUUUGCAAGAAUGGAAGAUUCAAGGAAGCUGUAGAACUUUUUUAUUCAAUGGCUGUGAAGGGCCAAAAACCUAGUGUCGUCUCAUACUCUAUAAUACUCCAUGGGUACGCUAUAGAAGGAUCCCUUGUUAAAAUGAUUGAUCUCUGUGAGCUGAUGGCAAGAGACGGAGUUGUACCUAACCUCCAUUGUUUCAACAUACUGAUUAAUGCGUAUGCUAAGUAUGGCAUGAUGGACGUGGCCAUGCUUUUCUUCGAAGACAUGUUGAAGCAGGGUGUGAAGCCUAAUGAAUUCACUUAUUUAACUGUGAUAUCUGCGUUUUGCAAGAUGGGCAGGAUGGAUGAUGCGAUGGAAAAAUUCAGUGAGAUGAUUAAUAUGGGAGUACCACUUGACACAGAAGUUUACAUGUGCAUGGUUGAGGGUUAUUUGAAUCUUGGCGAUUCCAUGAAAGCCAAGGAAUUUAUUACCAAAAUGAAGAACAGGGAUGUUCAUCAUAGGCCACGGAAAGGUAAUUGAUGAACACACCAUCUUUGACUUGGUUACCCGUACUGGUGAGAGGCCUGAUCCUACUACAUUCACUAAAAUGAUCGAUGGAUAUUGCUUAUCGCCAAGAUGGAGAAUGCAUUCAGAGUACUUCAUGCUAUGAUAUCAGUUGGCGUGAGGGCUAUUGUUGUUACACAGCACUUAACUUACCAUGGUUACGCUCCCAUCUUCUUGAUAUGCUCUAGAUGUGUUGUUAUCCUGAUUGCUCCAGCGUGCACUAGAAUUAGAGAAGUGUGAAUCGAGCCUUAUGGUUGUUAGCUGCUGUUUAUCGGUAGUUGGAUAUAUUGCCUAGUUCGAAUUUCCUCAAGGCACUGCAGUAUUCAGGGUGGAUAGUGACCUGGCUGAUUAGGUGUUGCAUGCAUAAUUCCCUGUGUCUAUGUCUUAUGUAUACUUCAUAUAUCAUGGAUGAAAAGGGCAUUUUGUAGGCCUUGCAUGUUUGUGUCAUUCCAAAAAUGACCUAUUGAUAAGUUACAGUUGAGAGUUAUUGCUGUCUUUCGGGGAGUAAGAGAACAGAAGAAUUUCACUUCUCUGCUAUAAAUGAUUUCUAAAGUCCAAACACUACAAUUGGCCAUUGAUCAUGAAGCUUUAGCAUUUGCGCCAAAUGGUUACUAUGACGAUAUUAUUAGCUGAGUUCUUCUUCCUGGCAGCACCUUGCUGUGAUGAUGAUACUGUAUUAGCCAUUAUGCUUAUGCCUAUAUGUAUCAUUUCAGUUCAAGUUUGGCAUACUUGACUCAUAUGUUUUACACUCGCUGUUAAAAAAACCUGAUCUGCGUUUGAGCAAUGAAGACAUCAUGGUGUGGGUGUGGCAAUUAUUUGCACUGCUGCUGCCUCUGCAAUGGCUUUGAACUCCAUGUCAGCUCUUGGAUAGUAUGUGGGCUGUCCUCUGUGUGAAGUGCCUCUCCUUCCUUGCAAGGACGCUCUUGACAACAAGCUUUGCGCAGCAGAAGAGGUUCCUCAUUUCGCAGGCCUCGAUCCCCACCGUGCUUGGCUUCCAACCCCUCCUGAAUAAAAAUUCUUCCCACUCUGAUUCUAGAUCACCAUUCUUCCAUUCUGCAUUCUUCAGCUGCUUCUUUGACCGCAGUAUAC